GAUCGCACAGGAAAGAGCGACAGACUCGAUAAACCGUGCAGUGCAGGUGCUGCUGCUGGAAACAGGCGGCAGCCAGAGCGUCCGUCGGCAGGCGUGGCAGUGGGUUGGCCCAGGCGUUAUCAGCGAUGAAAAACACAGGGGUCUAUAGACUAACCAUCAAAUAAGGCUCUCCGUAUAGCCUGGCAAAGGACCCCUGCAGCCGUAAACCAACAUUUCCUUAAGUAGCUGCUUUGCUAGAGCCGCCCUGCUGCUGUUGAGAGCUGGAAUCGGGCAGUGGGUGUGAGGCGCACCCACAAAGGACAAGGUGUCAGGAAUGCGCUGAGCUCGCCCAUCCAAUCCCAGUCGUGAGGCAAGCAAAAGAGGUAAAAGAUGAGCGAAUCCCCCACCUCGAAGGACACUUCGCUGCAACACAGCCCCAGCGAUGGCGGCCCAGAGGGGCUUCUGUCCCCUCAGCACUCCACACCCAGCUCUGGACCCCAGCAUAAGAAACGCAUCUCCAGCCUCCUGCAGAGCCCGUCAUUCAGGGAGGAGCUGGAUGUGCUGAUCCAGGAGCAGAUGAAGAAGGGAGGCAGCUCCUCCAACCUAUGGGCUCUCAGACAGCUGGCAGACUUCAUGGCCUCCCAUGGCUCCCCGGCCGCCCUGCCCGUCGCCCCUUCAAACAUGAUGAUGGUGACACCCAUCAACGACCUGCAUGGCUGGGAGCCCGGCAGCAUGGUGAAGGGGGAGAGGCUGAUGCGCUGCAAGCUGGCCAGCAUCCACCGCCUGUUUGACCUCUACGGCUGGGCCCAACUCAGCCACACCUGCCUCACUCUGCGUGUGAGUAAAGAACAGGAGCACUUCUUGGUGCUUCCAGACGGCCUGGGCUACAGUGAGGUCUCUGCGUCCAGUCUGGUGAAAGUGAAUAUCCUGGGUGAAGUGGUGGAGAAGGGCAACACCUCCCUCGACGUGGACAUGGAGAAGUUCAGCCUGCAUUCAGCCAUUUAUUCUGCCCGGCCGGACGUUCGCUGUCUGCUUCACCUCCACACACCAGCGACAGCAGCAGUGUCAGCCAUGAAGUGUGGUCUCUUGCCGCUGUCCCAUGAGGCUUUGCUGGUGGGUGAUGUGGCUUACUUUGACUACAACGGAGUCAUGGAGGAAGAGCAAGAUAGGGUGGAGCUGCAAAAGAGCCUUGGGCCCACUUGCAAGGUAAUGGUGCUGAGGAACCACGGCAUCGUGGCCCUGGGGGAGUCUGUAGAGGAAGCCUUCUACACCAUCUAUCACAUCCAGGCUGCCUGCCAGAUCCAGGUUUCAGCUUUGUGCUCCGCUGGUGGUGAACAGAACCUAAUUUUACUGGACCGGACCACUCAGAAACCCAAUCCAGCUGGUACUGUGGGCUGGGCCGGCUCCACCUUUGGCCCCCUGCAUAAGAGCCGUCUGGGGGAGCACGAGUUUGAAGCCCUCAUGAGGACCCUGGAUAACUUGGGCUACCGUACGGGCUACGCCUACCGUUUCCCCGUGUUGCUGGAGCGCUCGCGGACACGGCGAGACGUGGAGGUCCCUGCCACAGCCAUAGCCUUCCACCAGUUUGAGGAGGACGGAGGCCACCCGGCCCUCCGGCAGCACCCUUUCACCCAGCGUCAGCAGCAGGAGAGGACCCGCUGGCUCAACACCCCAAACUCCUACCAGAAAGUCAGCCAGGAGCAGGGCAGCCCGGGACACCAGCGCACCACUUGGAUGAGGACAGAGGAGGUGACGCAGGCGGGCAGCACGCCCAUCAAGAUCGAAAACCCCAACCAGUUUGUUCCUCUUUUCACCAACCCUCAAGAGGUAUUGGAAACCCGAAACAAGAUCCGGCAGCAGAAUCGGGAGGACAUGAAGACAGCUGGGCCUCAGUCUCAAGUCCUUGCCAGUGUCAUAACAGGCGAGAGUCCUCCGUCUCCAGUAAGCCCACCCAAACUCCCACCAGAACCAGAACCCCCCAACCCCUUCAACCAACUGACAGACCAGGAGCUGGAAGAGUACCGCAAGGAGGUGCAGAGGAAACAAGACGGAGGAACCGACGGGGAGGAGGUGGUAAAUGAAAAUGAGUCCCCGCCUGCUACCUCCCCUACAAAGAGCCCCCCACCCAGCAGUCCUCCACCCUCAGAAGAGGCAAAGAAUGACUCCCCGGCUGUGCAAAACGGAGAGGAAGUGGAGGAGGAGGAGAAGCAGACAACAGAGGAACUGGAGAAAGGAAUGAAGGCUCUCACAACCAAUGACACGCCAAACUCGCCUUCCAUCACCCUUGCUGCUCUGCCUGCCAAACCACAGGGUGGCACCCCGGAGGGAUCGCCCUCAAAGUCUCCAUCCAAGAAGAAAAAGAAAUUCAAGGCACCGUCCUUCCUAAAAAAAAGCAAGAAGCAGAAAGAGAAAGCUGAGACCUGAGGGAUGCACACUGACCAGACCUGGGUUAAGCACUAUUUGAAUGUAAUUCUUACUGUAUGUUUUAAACUGCUUGGAGUAACACAUGGUUUGGGUUCACUUAAUUAAAACUAUUCAGAUAGUAUCAGGAAAGUUCUGGAUGACAGGAGCAGUCAAACUAUAUUAACUUUCAAUCCCCUUUCUGAUGUUGUUUGUCUCUCUGCAUUAUUGGCCAACACCCAAUCUGCCCAUUUUGAACAGGUUAAAACAAACUGCUAUUUUCAAAUAUCAUUUGACCCAGGUCUGAUACAGAUUUUUUUUUUGUGGCACAUUACUCCACUACCGACUACACUCACAGACACAAUACCUGUAAUACUGACGCUCACCUUAUAAUUUUCACCUGCUUCUGCGCUAAUCAAACCUUUGCUGACAUGUACAAUAUGGGCAUAUUAAGUUUCUGUGAUUGCACAACUAGGAUUAGAAGUAGUCUCUUCCUAUGCACUUCAGAAAACAGUUUCGUACCAGUCUUUUUUUAUCCACAAUUUUGCAAGAAACCAUGGAAUCAGUAAGUCUCCAUGAGUUAUGCACCCUUCCUUCAUGUAUAGGCAUAAUGCAUUCGACACAUGUAUACAAAUAUUACAGUAUGUUGCAUUUAUUCAUUAUCAAUGGCAUCCCCAGGUCAUGAUUUGGUCAUGUUUUAUCAAAUAAGUUCAAAUAUGUGAGCACUGAUGGAGUUCAUGUAGAAUAUGCUGUUAGAUGCUGAUUGUACUUCUCUGAAUGAAUGCUGGUCUUGUAAAACUAUCGGCAUAUACAAAGUUAUAACAACAGGGACCAAAAAAGAAAAAAGACAAGGAAACAAAAUAACUGGGUCCAGAUAAAACACAAUCCACUAUAAAUGGUACUAAUACCAAACAGGGAUAUAUACUUAUAAAAUAUGUUACUUGCCGAUGCAGUUUCAAGUCCCAAUAAUGGAAGGCACUAAACAUUCCACUUUUCAUUUUCUUUUAAAUGUAUGUUUGCAAAAUACCUCUCAACACCUGUAACUAUAUAUUUUUUUUCAACCAGUAGCUAAUAUCAAAAGUGCUGAUUUGUGAUUUUUGUUCAUGGUUUUAAUUUAUUUCAUAUUAGAAUGUUUAAGUGUGUUAAAAGUUUAACAUGUAUCACUCAUUAAA